GGAUUAUAUAAUGGCAACCACUGCUUGUUUCAUCAUUGUUAGCAGAAAUGAUAUUCCUAUUUAUGAAGCUGAAGUUGGAGUAGCUGCUAAAAGAGAAGAUGCUGCUCAGCUGCAUCAGUUUAUCCUGCAUGCUGCUCUCGAUAUUGUUCAGGACCUAGCGUGGACUACUAGUGCUAUGUACUUGAAAUCGGUAGAUAGGUUUAAUGAUCUGGUGGUCUCAGUGUAUGUCACAGCUGGUCAUACCCGUUUUAUGUUGCUUCAUGACUCUCGUAAUGAUGAUGGCAUUAAGAGCUUCUUCCAAGACGUGCAUGAACUUUACAUAAAGACACUUCUUAAUCCCCUGUACUUGCCUGGCUCCCGGAUCACAUCAUCACAUUUUGACACAAAAGUCCGAGCUCUUGCACGAAAAUAUUUGUAGAGUCCAUCAGCUAGCUCAUAUAGCAGCGAGUCUGGAUCUGACCCCUACCUUGUUCGUUUAUCGUUGUUACUCCCUACAAUAUUUGACGGCAAGGUUAGGUUUGGUGGUUCCCUGAAAUGUGUUUGUACACAAGUCAUUAGCGGAAGAUGGCUAUGUUUGUUUGCUAAGGAAGAGUGAAGUUAUGUUGACAAAUGCUGUUGGAUUGCUAGUGCUACAAUUUGUAAUACAUACUAAUCAAUCUUGUACUUUAUGAUCAAAUCUUGUACACACUAAUCAAAUAUUUUUUGUUAACAUUGAUUUCAAAAAUAUUAUAGGCCAAUAUUACUAUAGUAUAUUGGUGCUUUCUCAAU